AUGAAAUUAAAUAGAAUAUUUUCAAUAAUUUGUAUAACACUUAUACAAAUAGGCGUAGGUUGGGGUGCCAAUAUGGUCUGCUAUUUGGAUACAAGUCGUGUAACAGAUGUACAACAAACCAUUAUGGAAAUUGAUCCGGCUAUGCAAUUCUGCAAUUAUCUCAUAUACGGCUAUGCUGGCAUCAAUUCGGAAACGUUCACAUUGAAAAAUCUCGAUCGCAGUCUCAACUUUGACCUGUAUCACGCUGUGACGGCUCUCAAACGUAAACAUCCACAUUUGCGUGUAUUGUUAUCGGUUGGUGGCGAUCGUGAUGUACACUCUGAUUUAGAUGAACCAAAUAAAUAUUUAAUGCUAUUGGAAAAUAUCGCUCACCGCAAUGCCUUCAUCAAUAGCGCUCAGAGUUUUGUUAGUACCUAUGGUUUUGAUGGUCUCGAUUUGGCAUGGCAAUUCCCCAAAAAUUAUCCCAAAGAAUAUCAAUCGGGUAUUCGUAAGGCAUGGAAUAAAGUUAAAGGCUGGUUCAAGAGCAAAAAGGUGGUCGAUGCAAAUGCAGCUGAGCAUAAAGAGCAAUUUGUUACAUUCUUAAGAGAGCUGCAGCAGAGCUUGACGUCGAGGGGAGCAAUGCUGACACUGACAAUGUUGCCACAUGUUAGUGCUGAAUUAUUCAUAGACAUACCACAGGUGAUGCCCUAUUUGAAUUUUGUAACCCUCUCCACCUUUGAUUUCCUCACACCGGAUAGAGAUCCCAAAAUUGCAGACUAUACAGCUUCCAUUUACCCGCUGUAUGAACGUGAUCCCGCCCAAAGUGUCGAUUAUCAAAUACAAUAUUGGUUGAAUAACACUUCGUUGUUGGAUAAAUUGAUCAUGGGUGUUCCAGCCUAUGGUAGAGCUUGGGUUAUGGAUAAAGACUCCGGUAUUACAGGAUUUCCACCAAUUCAUGCUGCUGGACCAGCACCGGCUGGUAAUUUGACUGCUACUCCAGGUUUUCUUAGUUGGCCUGAAAUUUGUGUAAAAUUACAUAAAAAUCGUGAUUUGAAAGGUGAUGCUGCUCCCGUUUUUAAAGUGGGAGAUCCUACUAAGCGUUUUGGCUCCUAUGCCUAUAGAGAUGCUGAUGAUAAUGGGAAAUAUGGACUGUGGAUUAUUGAGGAGCCGGCAACGGCAUCAAAUAAGGCCAGUUAUGCUAGAGUACGGGAUUUGGGUGGUGUUGCCCUGUUCGACUUGACCACUGACGAUAAAUUGGGUACAUGUGGUGAGGGCAAGUAUCCCAUCUUGAGAAGCAUUAAAUAUAAGUUGUAA